AUGGGCAACCAGCAGUCCAGCGGCAAGAAGGAUAAGGGGGACAAAGGCACCGUGGACGGCGUCUCCCUGGAGCGCGAGAACUACCGCUCUUUCGAGAGAGCGGACACCAGGGAGUCCACGCGCUCCAUUCGUAACUCUAUCAGAUCGAAGAUCCCAGUCGGGAAGUCAGACAGUCCCCGCAACUCCGUCUCCAACCUUGCCAGCGAUAGCAAUGCGAAGCCCGACAAGUCUGACGCGGCGUCGACGAAAUCAACGAACAGCAAGGGAGGGAUCAGGUCUCGCCGCGGCUCCACAGCCUCCGCACAAGAGGCUGCAUUGAACACCGCUGCCAUGGCUGAUGCCGUACCCAACGAUCCGGAGCCGCCUCCUUCACCCGUUCAUGGUGCAUCUGUCGGAACGGGCACCCACGAGCACGUAGACGAGGCCCAAAAGACAGGCGAGGUUGAUCAUGUGUCGGACGUUGGUCCCACAGGAGUGCCGCUACCGCUGGCCACAGCGCAGCCAGGCGAGUCUAUACUCCAAAAGAAGGACCAGCCCAUUCCUCGAGUGGAACAAACGCCGCCUGCAAAUGACGGUGCAGGUUCUCCAAUGGAGAUCAGUGCGCUGAAGGCAAUCGACCUCGACGACAUGAUCCAGCGAUUGUUGGAUGCCGGUUAUGCGGGCAAAGUCACGAAGACUGUCUGCUUGAAGAAUGCCGAAAUCAUGGCUAUCUGCUCGGCCGCCCGCGAGGUCUUCCUCACCCAACCCGCCCUCCUCGAGCUAUCCGCGCCUGUGAAGAUUGUUGGGGACGUACAUGGGCAAUACACCGAUCUUAUCCGCAUGUUCGAGAUGUGCGGCUUUCCACCCAAUUCGAACUAUUUAUUCCUAGGGGACUACGUCGACCGCGGCAAGCAAAGUCUGGAGACAAUUCUGCUAUUAUUGUGCUACAAGCUCAAAUUCCCAGAGAACUUCUUCCUUCUACGAGGCAAUCACGAAUGCGCCAACGUCACCCGAGUGUACGGAUUCUAUGAUGAGUGUAAGAGGAGAUGUAAUAUCAAGGUGUGGAAGGCAUUCGUGGACACCUUCAACACGCUCCCUAUCGCUGCUAUUGUUGCGCAGAAGAUCUUUUGCGUUCAUGGCGGGCUUUCUCCAAGCUUGUCACAUAUGGACGACAUCCGCCAAAUCGCACGACCCACGGACGUUCCGGAUUACGGAUUGUUGAACGACCUGUUGUGGAGUGACCCUGCGGACAUGGAGAAUGACUGGGAAUCGAAUGAACGAGGAGUCAGCUAUUGCUUUGGAAAGAAGGUCAUCAUGGAGUUCCUGCAGCGCCACGAUUUCGACCUUGUGUGCAGAGCGCACAUGGUGGUCGAAGACGGCUACGAAUUUUUCAAUGAUCGCAUUUUGGUCACGGUCUUCUCUGCACCAAACUACUGCGGUGAAUUCGAUAAUUGGGGCGCCGUCAUGUCGGUCUCGUCGGAAUUGCUCUGUAGCUUCGAGCUUCUGAAGCCCCUCGACUCUAGUGCGCUGAAACAACACAUUAAGAAGAGCAGGAACAAGCGGCAAAGCAUGCUGAACUCACCAGGCGAUGAACCGCACGAUGUUAAUGCCAGAAUCGAACAAGCUGAAACAACUGCGCGUGCACAUUCGCAGUCAGAUUUGGCGCGACUUGGUCUGCUCAAAGCGGUGGAGCACACAGAACGAAAGAGACUAAAGAAAAUGAAACGACACGCGUCACUGAAAUGUACCCCGAGUCAUGUAGAGGAGCAAAAAGAGCAAAAGGAGCAAAAGAUCAUGAAGGCGCUGGAAAGGGUCUCAAGUGAUCAGUCCGGAUUACACAGGAUACAAUCAGCCGAUACGCGCGAAUUCCCGGCGGAUGACAACGUGAGCGAUCCAGAUUCCGAAGAUGCGUCAGACGACGAAUCGGAGGGUUUGAAGAUAGCCGGUAUGAGCUUGAAAGAAAGACGGACACUUUGGGAAUCCACCUUACCGCAGAAGACGAGCAUUCUUCCCGUUCGCCUCCAUUCAAACCAUGAACUAGCAACGAUUGCAGACCACACCUGGAUCGAAGCCGAUGAGACUCCAACGAUCCCGUAUGGAGAAGCUGGCAGAACACCAGCCAAACCAGAGAAAGCAGCCAAGUCAAACAGUGUUAAGCUCCCCUGGUAA